CGACAAUCAAUCAACCGCCUCCAAACUUAAUGUGAAGGUUACCAAAGUUAAUCAUUGUCAGAGUGACUAGGUCCCAGUCAGUCCUGUGGCAGAGACAAUGAUCAGAAUGGUAUUUGCACACCACAUCCUACUCUGCUUCGUUCUUGUUUCCGAACAUGUACAUGGUAAGCUGUGGAAUAUGCGUGAAACGGUUCCUUUGGUGCCCCUGGCGCUUCAGACGCCACCAGAAUGCAUGCUGCAAGCUGAUUCCGGUUCCUGCAAGUCGUACGUGAAGAGGUUUUUCUUCGACAAUGCCACCGGUCUGUGCGAGCCUUUUGGAUACGGAGGAUGUGAAGGGAACGCCAACCGGUUCAUGACCAAAGAAGAAUGUCUGGGAAGAUGUUACUGCACUGAGCAAAGAUGUUACCGCCAUCCUGACUCUGGUUCCUGUACAAAGAAUUUCACAAGAUACUUUUUUAACAUCACAAGCGGGCAGUGUGAGAAGUUUCAGUAUGGUGGAUGUCAAGGCAACGGAAAUCGGUUUGUGACCUUAUCCGACUGCAGUAUGACAUGCCAGUGCUCGUCUUGUGUAGUACCAAAUGGUCAGUGUUCUGGCUACUUCUACAACAAACACACUCGCACAUGUCGCUAUACAUCCCAGAAGAGCUGCAGUGCUAGUCAGCCCAACAUGUUUGACACGAGUGCUCUGUGCACUAAUAAAUGUAACAUCUGUGACUUGCCAUCGGAAUCAGGGCCUUGUACCAGUAAUAGACAGCUAUACUACUACGACAAAACAGCACCACAGCCGGGGUGCCGCCGAUUCACGUGGGGAGGAUGUGGCGGUAAUGCCAACAUGUUUUUGACGGAAGAAAUGUGCCAGUACAAAUGCGGUGCUGCUGAUAACCCUGAGAAAGAGACAGGUCACGUUCCUGGGGUGUGAGUCCGGCUCGAAGACAUUGCCAUGCUGAAUUACACUGAAUUACAUCUCGCCACCAUUUACCAAAAUAGAACCAAGUUGAUCUAGUGUCGUCGAUGCAACAAGAUAAUGUUUUUCAUGUAAACAAUCUUUACCUUCAGCGCUUUAGACGCCCAUUGCAGUUCGUUACAUUUUCAAGACCACGUUUGUCGCAUUAAAAUGUUUCAGAUUAUA